UGCUUAUGCAGAGACAAAAUCUAGGCCAGUCGUCAAUCCAACAAUUGGCACAUCUUUUGACUUGUUGGAUGAAGCCUAUGAGUUCUACAACCUCUAUUCAUGGGAAUAUGGUUUCGGGGUGAGGCUUGCGAAAAGCAGACUGAAUGUUAACCGGAAGAGAUGUAUGCAAGAAAUAUUGUGUGCUUGUGCGGGAAAACCAAUGAGGGAAAAUAGUUGAUCAUCAAGGUGCGGGUGUGAAGCCAUGAUUAGAUUGCUCUGUUCAAAGGAAAACGGUUGGUACAUAUCAGAGUUCAAAUCUGGCCAUAACCACCCGCUAUUUGUGACAUGUGGAGAAAAAACGCAUUGGAAGUCACACAGGCACAUCGAUAGAUACACAAAGGAUCUGGUGAAACAACUCCGCGAUAAUAAUGUUGGUCUUGGGAAGGUUUUCAGCAUUGUGGGGAGUUUUUUUGGCUCAGUUGAAAAUGUGCCAUUUACAAAGCGUUCAUUGAAGACACUAUGUAGGAAGCUGAACAAGGACCAGUCAGACUCUGACGCUAUGAAAACAAUGGAAAUUCUGGCUUAUAUGAAAGCAAAUGACCCUGACUUCAAUUACACCGUGCAAUUAGAUGAAGACAGCAGGAUAAAAACACUCAUGUGGGUUACAAGUAGGGGGUGUGAUCAGUAUCGGUAUUUCGGUGAUGCAAUUACAUUUGACACAACAUACAGGACCAACCUAUAUGACAUGUCGUUUGGUCUUUUCGUUGGUGUCAACAAUCACUUUCAGAGUAUAAUCUUUGGAGGGGUCAUGAUGAGAGAUGAGAAAGAAGAAUCUUUCAAGUGGGUGUUCCAGGAGUUCAUACGUAUGGUUGGUGGGAAGCAUCCACAAACUAUACUAACAGAUCAAGCACGCUCUAUGGAAAUUGCAAUUGAGGCAGAAAUGCCAAACACAGUACAUCGUUGGUGCAAGUGGCAUGUCCUGAAAAAAGUGAAAGAGUCAAUGGGUGUGCUUUGGAGCAAGAACAGAGAAUUCAAAAUGGAGUUUCACAAGAUUGUACAUCACAUGACCGCGGAGGAGGAAUUUGAGCAAGGGUGGCAGCAGAUGUUGGACAAGUACUCACUCAAGAAACAUCCGUUUCUGACGCAGAUAUACGAAGUCCGCCAUAAAUGGGCUAAACCAUAUUUCAUGGGUGUCUUAUGUGCUAAAAUGACGAGCACACAAAGGAGUGAGAGCGCAAAUCACCUGCUGAAGGGGUACGUGCCUCCAGGAUGUCCAAUGCAUCUGUUCCUCAAGUAGUUUGAGAAGCUUCAAUUUGACCGACAAUCGGAAGAAAGCUUCCAGGAGAAAAGAACAUCACUGGUUAAAAUCUCCAUUGUUCCCCCUACAUUUCUGUUCAUUGAAAACGAGUAUUUAAAAUGUCCUACUUUCUCUGUAAGCCUUCAUACUUGAAAAUGGCUUGACAUCCUAACAUUUGUGAUGUGUGUGUGUUUAUUCCGGUUGCAAAGUGGUGUAUCUCUUAGAUUUAACCUUCCGUUGGAGAGGCAUGCUAGCAAAGUUUACACGAGGGCCAUGUUUGAGAAGUUUGGUGAAGAGUUGUACAAAUGUGGUGCACAUGUACUGGAUGAGAUUGUUCCUAGGAGGAUUUAUAAGUCGACACAUGUUGAAGCAGCGAACAGAGAGAAAUGGAGUAAAGUCCAGUUCAAAAUUGAAGUCAAUGAGGAUGAAAGUUUUUUCAGCUGCGAGUGUGGCAUGUUUGAACAUUCUGGCUUAGUGUUCUGCCAUACUUUGCAGGUGAUGGUUCACUUCCGUUUGGCAAAAUACCUGAGAAGCACAUAAUGAAGCGCUGGACAAGACAGGCUCGUGACAUUCUCCCGGAACACUUGGUCAGGUACCAGAAAGACAGAGGGCCUCCUGCUAGUGAUACAUUUAGGCAUCACACUAUGUACAUGAAAGCGCAUGAGUGUGUGGUGCUUGGUGACAGCAAUGUUCAAUGUUAUGAAGUUUUCAUGAGUAUGAUGAAGGAGGUCCAUGCAACUCUGAUGCCUUUGAGUGUAGAAAAGGAUGGUUUAGGGCUCGCAGAGCGAGAGAAGCAUCAACUUUUGGUAGCCAGUGCUACAAAGGGGGGUCCGGGAAAAUGGUGGUGGUGAAGAUGCGGAUAAUGGAGAUGCUGAUUCAAAUUGUUCAGGUCUGGGGGUGCAUCAGAAAAAACGACACAGGGGGAGACCAACGACAAGUCGAGACAAAGCUCCUUAUGAGAAUCAUCUUAAGAGGUCCAGAUUCUAUACAAUUUGCAGAUUGCAAGGUCACAAAUGCACAACCUGCCCACAAAGAGGAGAUUUGCCAAAGGCUCCAAGGAAAUUGCCGAAGUGUAGCAACUGUGGGGUGGUUGGACAUCGACGGAAUGCCUGCGGCACUAAAAAAAGUGCACUGUUCGAGCCUAAUUUCUUAUAGUUCAUUUAAGAACAUUUUCUGGGUAAGGGGACUGAUCGUGUGGGUGAUUUGUUGUCCUUGUGUUUCUUAGCUUGCCAUGAUGUUCCCCGUAGCCAUUUGGACAUCGGCGUACAUGCAACUUAUUCCAUCUUCCUGUUGCCAAUAGUUUUGGCUUUGUGUGCUAACUAUUUCAUCCUAGUUUUCUUUCAUGCAUGACUAUUGUGGGCAAGGACAACAAUAUUGCUGGGCUGCACUUUGAAGUUACAAAUGUUUCUAUGCUUAACUCCAUGUGCCAAGAUUGCUUGCUCGGCUAUAGG